UGCCGCCAUCCCGCUGGCGAGAGGGAGAGAGAGGCCCGCCCGCUCGCCGGUCGGGCCAGUGUGGGCUAGUGCGUGAGGGCGCGGGGGGCCGUGUCAGCGAGACGCAGAGCGCAGCCGCCACCGCCAAACGGACAUGUUGGAGCCCAGCGCCACCGCCGCCUCCUUUUCCUCAUCCUCCGAACGGGACUGAGAGGGGGCCCGCCACCCUCCGCCUCUGCCGCCCGCCCCGCCGCCUCGGCCGCAGCCUCUUCCUGCCCGGCCUCUAGCUCCGCCGCUCGUCGCUUCCCACCGCCCCUCAGUCCCGGCCGGUUCCCCGGCCCCGCUCCGCCGCGGCGCGAGGUCUAUGUGACCGGCGGGCCCGGAGCAGCCGCCGCCGCAGCGCGAACAUGGACGCCGUCAACGCCUUCAACCAGGAGCUCUUUUCACUUAUGGAUAUGAAACCUCCCAUCUCUCGAGCCAAGAUGAUUCUUAUCACUAAAGCUGCUAUUAAAGCUAUUAAGCUUUAUAAGCAUGUAGUUCAAAUAGUAGAAAAGUUCAUCAAAAAGUGUAAACCAGAGUACAAGGUUCCAGGAUUAUAUGUAAUUGACUCAAUUGUGCGACAGUCUCGUCAUCAGUUUGGAACUGAUAAAGAUGUUUUUGGGCCAAGAUUCUCUAAAAACAUAACCGCCACAUUCCAAUAUUUAUAUCUUUGUCCAUCUGAAGAUAAGAGUAAAAUAGUUCGUGUGCUGAACCUUUGGCAAAAAAAUGGAGUAUUCAAAAUUGAAAUUAUUCAGCCUCUUUUGGACAUGGCUGCAGGAACCAGUAAUGCCGCCCCAGUAGCAGAAAAUGUUACUAAUAAUGAAGGUUCACCUCCACCUCCAGUUAAAGUUUCUUCUGAACCGCCCCAAGCCACUACAAACUCUGUACCAGCUGUAGCACAGAUGCCUAGCUCUGACGCUUUUGCUGCUGUGGCCCAACUGUUUCAGACAACUCAAGGUCAACAGCUUCAGCAGAUCCUUCAGACUUUUCAACAGCCUCCAAAACCGCAGUCGCCAGCCAUUGACAAUGCCGUGAUGGCUCAGGUCCAGGCUAUCACAGCUCAGUUAAAGACAGCUCCUGCACAGCCACCUGAACAAAAAGCUGUUUUCCCCCCACCUGAGCAAAAAACUGCAUUUGACAAGAAGCUACUCGAUAGAUUUGAUUAUGAUGAUGAGCCAGAGGCUGUGGAAGAGUCAAAGAAGGAAGAUGGCACCACUGCUGCCGCCGCUGCACCUGCCAUGGCUGUUGCGCCUCCCGCGCCCUCCGCGGCCACGCCGGCCCCCGCACCUGCCGCUUCCCCUCCACAGGCACCCUUUGGGUUUCCUGGAGAUGGCAUGCAGCAGCCGGCAUACACACAGCAUCAAACUAUGGAUCAGUUUCAGCCUCGAAUGAUGACGAUACAGCAGGACCCAGUGCAUCAUCAGGUUCCACUUCCUCCUAAUGGACAGAUGCCAGGAUUUGGCCUUCUUCCUACACCUCCAUUUCCUCCCAUGGCUCAGUCUGUGAUUCCUCCAACUCCACCUGUGCAGCAGCCUUUCCAAGCUUCUUUUCAGGCACAGAAUGAACCACUAACACAGAAGGCACAUCAGGAAAUGGAAGUCGAACAGCCUUGUAUUCAAGAGGUUAAGCGGCACAUGUCUGAUAACAGAAAGUCAAGAUCUAGGUCAGCAUCCAGGUCACCAAAAAGAAGGCGAUCUCGAUCUGGCUCUAGAUCUCGAAGGUCCCGCCAUCGACGUUCUCGAUCCCGGUCCAGAGAUAGACGCCGACAUUCUCCCAGAUCUCGGUCCCAAGAAAGGCGAGACAGAGAAAAAGAAAGAGAACGCCGACAAAAAGGCCUUCCUCAAAUCAAACCAGAAACUGCAAGUGUUUGUAGUACUACACUCUGGGUGGGACAGCUGGACAAAAGGACUACUCAACAAGAUGUUGCCAGUCUCUUAGAAGAGUUCGGUCCAAUUGAAUCAAUUAACAUGAUUCCUCCCAGAGGUUGUGCCUAUAUUGUUAUGGUUCAUAGGCAAGAUGCCUAUCGUGCCCUGCAGAAACUGAGCCGAGGAAACUAUAAAGUAAACCAGAAAUCCAUAAAGAUUGCCUGGGCUUUAAACAAAGGAAUAAAGGCAGAUUAUAAGCAGUAUUGGGAUGUAGAACUGGGUGUUACUUAUAUUCCGUGGGACAAAGUCAAACCUGAAGAACUGGAGAGUUUUUGUGAAGGAGGAAUGUUGGACAGUGAUACACUUAAUCCAGAUUGGAAAGGAAUUCCCAAGAAGCAUGAAAAUGAAGUUGCCCAAAAUGGAGGGGCAGAAACCUCACAUACAGAACCAGUAUCACCCAUACCUAAACCUUUACCAGUGCCUGUCCCUCCUAUUCCUGUCCCCGCACCUAUAACAGUGCCACCUCCACAGGUCCCGCCACAUCAGCCGGGUCCUCCUGUAGUUGGUGCUCUCCAGCCACCCACUUUCACGCCUCCCUUGGGCAUUCCCCCUCCGGGUUUUGGUCCUGGUGUUCCUCCUCCACCACCUCCUCCACCAUUUUUGCGCCCAGGAUUUAAUCCGAUGCAUUUACCACCAGGUUUUCUUCCUCCUGGACCCCCACCUCCUAUAACUCCACCAGUAUCCAUUCCUCCUCCUCACACUCCUCCAAUAAGCAUCCCAAACUCUACUAUCGCUGGUAUAAAUGAAGACACUACAAAAGACUUAUCUAUUGGAAAUCCCAUUCCAACAGUGGUGUCUGGGGCUAGAGGAAACGCCGAGUCUGGUGACAGUGUGAAAAUGUAUGGCUCUGCCGUGCCACCUGCUGCACCCACGAAUCUGCCCACCCCUCCUGUAACCCAGCCUGUUUCACUUCUUGGUACUCAAGGAGUUGCACCUGGUCCUGUAAUUGGGCUCCAGGCACCAUCCACUGGUCUUCUCGGUGCCCGACCUGGCCUGAUCCCACUUCAGCGCCCUCCAGGAAUGCCUCCACCUCACUUACAGAGGUUCCCUUUGAUGCCACCUCGUCCCAUGCCGCCACAUAUGAUGCACAGAGGUCCCCCUCCAGGACCGGGGGGCUUUGGAAUGCCGCCACCUCAUGGAAUGAAAGGCCCCUUUCCACCACAUGGCCCCUUUGUUCGGCCUGGCGGAAUGCCAGGGCUCGGGGGCCCAGGGCCAGGCCCAGGGGGUCCUGAAGACAGAGACGGAAGGCAGCAGCAACCCCAGCCGCAGCAGCCCCCACCGCCGCAACCGCAGCCCCAGCAGCCUCCACCCGCGCAGCAGCAGCAGCAGCAGCCGCCGCCAGCACAGCAACAACCACAGCCGUUUAGAAAUGAUAACAGGCAGCAGUUCAAUUCAGGUAGAGACCAAGAGAGGUUUGGAAGAAGAUCUUUUGGAAAUAGGGUGGAAAAUGACCGGGAACGGUAUGGGAGCCGUAAUGAUGAUAGAGAUAAUAGUAACCGUGAAAGGAGAGAGUGGGGAAGAAGGAGCCCUGACCGGGACAGGCACAGAGACUUGGAAGAGAGAAAUAGACGCUCUAGUGGGCAUCGAGACAGAGAGAGAGAUUCUAGAGAUAGAGAGUCUCGUAGAGAUAAGGAAGAAAACCGAGGAAAGGAGAAGCCCGAGGUGACAGACAGGGCAGGUGGUAACAAAACCGUUGAACCUCCCAUUAGCCAAGUGGGAACCGUAGACACUGUUUCAGAACUUGGUAAGGGGGAGUCUGAGUCUGCCGUUGUAAAACCUUCUGAAGAGCUACCUGCUGAGGCUACCUCAUCCGUUGAACCCGAAAAGGAUUCUGGCUCAGCAGCAGAGGCUCCUCGUUAGAGACUGGCAUUUGUCGAAUGUGACCGUGACACUUCCGGAGUGUAGAGCUUGAGGUGUACAGAUGCUGUAUUAUAUUGCUCCUGCUAUACCGCAGCCCCGCAGUAGUUGGUGGGGAAUUGUAAGCAAUUUGAUUGCUUCCCUUCUAUUUAAAAAUAGCCACAAAAUAACAAAAAAUACUGAAAAUAUGAAUAAAUAUUACCCUUUUUGCUGUAACUUUUUAAAAGUUUUGACUUUAAAAAGUUUACAAAUCGUAAUUAGAAGUGCUCUCUAUUUUUUUUUUUAAUUUAAGACAAGGUAACGGUGAAAGCUCCUCAAAACAAUAGGGAUGUUUUUAAUAAACUCUAUUUUCAUAACAAACUUUAAUGUGUGCUAUUCUUCCUACACUGCAUUAAGGUGGAAAAGGAUUGUUCACCAUCAAAGUUUGAGCUGUUAAUACUGUAUUGGAGUCUAAAUUAGACUUGUUUAUUUGAUGGAAAUAGACAUCUUUAUGUAGUUAUUCUCUUUCAUUUGUACUAUUUUUGAAUUUUAACAUUUCAAUCAUAAGGUGUAAAGGGUUAGUUGUGUUCAUGUUAAUUGAAAAGCUUGUCAGUUUUGCAGUUCAAUCAAGGUUUUCUUUUUUGCCAUUGGCUUUGUGGUAAAUGUUGCCCUAAUUAACUUGUAAAGAGAAAUUUUGCUGGGGGAAAAACUGGAUCCCAAAGACCCGACUGUACUAUAGAAUUAUCUGAUUGCCUGGGUAUUACUUACUAGAAGUAAGUUUGAGUGUUUCCUUACCAUCCCAUUAAAUUUUUCAGAAGGGUGAAAAAAAUCAAGGUUAACAUUUGCAACCUAAAAGCUUUCUGUCUUCUGUUUAAGGACUUAAAUGCAACCUAUUGUUUCCUUAUAAGCCUUGCCUGUUGCCUUUCUUUACCAUUUGUUAAACUCCCCUGCUGGGCAGAGGUAGACUGAACUUUUUGUCACAUAUAAGAACAUAAAAAGUAUUUUCUCUUUUGCUUAAAAUUGUUGGGAUAACUAGAAAAGUACAUGUAGUGUAUCCAGGAAAUACUACGUGGAGACGUCCAAAGCCAAAUCAAACCUGUAUCUAAAAUAAUACAGAAAAGCGGUUCCAUAAAACUGCUUUCCCCAGUGCCAAGGAAGAGACCUGUUGUUACACAGUCCCGAGUGUUUAUGGCCUUGUUGAGGCUUUUUUCCCUUAAAUUACCUUUUAAACUGUUCUAGUUUUAGUGUGCGGAGCAGGUAACUUUUUCUUUGCCCUCAUCCCCAGGUGAAGCGGCUUUAUGACUCUGGUUUUUAAAUAGUACUUUGCAGCAAGAUCUCUGUUUCGACAGGGAGAAUGUAUCUAGGACAAUGUUCUUGUUUUCCUGGCUUUAGAAAAUGAGAAAAAUCAGGCUGAUAUCUGCACCUGAAUUAUAAGACUUGUCCUCCGUUUGAUGUUGGCCCACCUGAGAGAUUUAAAAGUCCUAACUGAAACUGCUUCUGGAAAGAAUACAUCUGAUUUAGUGUUCAGAUUUCAAGGACUUAAAACCCCUAUUUCCAAUUUUAAGUAUUGGAACCAUCCUAUUUCCACAGGACAGCACCCCUCCCCUGAAGUACUAAGUGGUAGUGAUUACCCUUGAGGCUCACAAGCCAGGCCCUAUAUUUGUGUCUUAUCCCACACACGUACACCAAGCAGUCUAUUAGCGAAAUGCAUUACUGUUUUUAAAUUCUAACAGUGAUUUUAACCACUUCUGAGCAUGCUGUUCUUUUUAUCACCAAUUUUAAAACUGAGAACACUACAAAUUGUCCUUUUCCAAAUUGGCUUUUCCUCUCCUAACCAAUAUCCUACAUUUGAUAAAAGGAUAGCAUAUAUUUAUGAUCAAUCAGAACUGUACCUUAUUUCUGAUUUCCCUAUCAGAAAUACUCUACUAUUACCAGUUGAUAACUGUAAUCCAGAGUCCGAAACCUGAAUUAGGUUAACAUUUCAUUUAAAAGUAGUUUCUCAUAGGUACAUAGUUAAGAAUUUACAUUAGGAGAACUACACCUAAACUUACUAAUUGGAUGCAUAAAUUCUUAAGUAGCCAUAACCCACAUUCAAACAUUUCCUUGGUCCCAUUUUAAAAUGCUACGGUAUUUUCUUUAAAUGGCUAAUUUGAAAGCAGACUGUGCCACCCUCUACUUUUAUUAUAAACUAAAUAAAUGUUCAUAGGUGUAUGAAAUGUGGAAUAUGUGCCAUUUUGGCAGGUAGGUAAAUUUACUCUUAGCUGAGGCUAACUUACUGUUCACAGUUUCACUAAAAGUUAUCAAAGGGCUCUCUCAAACCGUUAACACUUUUUAAAAUAAAGUUAAAUACCUUUUGAAUCAAAAUGCUAAGUAGCUAAUCAGGGAAACCACCUUAAUUUCCCUGAAGCUGACAAAGGACAGCUGUCCAACCAAGAUCCAAAUUGAGGUGUUAGCUAAAAGACCAGCUGCUAGAACCUUAAACCCUCUUCCGUCAUUUAAAACACUUUGAAAAGCAACCUCUAUGAAAUAGGUCGUAUCUGUCAACAUAUUACUAACUCUGUUCCAUUCGAGCGCUCUGUAGGAGUAUCAAGAGCUGAUUUAUAGAGUUUCAAUUUGGAUACUUCAACAGGUUCAAGAUGCAGUGCCAUAUGGUGUAUUUGUUUAUUGCGGGCUUGAAUGAGAAUUGAAGAAAUUCACACAAGUUUAAUACCCACGUAUGAUUAUUAAGCCUGGCAAAAUACAGAGAUCGUUGAAACAGACAUUUUAACUGAAUAGAAGUUUUAUAAAAUUAUAUAAAUCUUCCAAGUGAUCAUAAAUCAGUUCUCAUUACAGGUACUUUUUAAAGCAAUUAAAAAGUCACACAAAUUACACUCUUAAGGUUACAGUGUUUAAUGUUUAUCCAGUUAAAUUUCUACAACUAGCAAGAUAACAGAGGAGCUACUAGGACUCAGACGGCAUCCUAGGGAAUAUUUACUUGGCGAUCCCAAUGACACCACAAGCCAAACGACUCCCGGCGUUUCCCGUCUGUGUACUUUCUUCAUUGCCACCUCUGCCCAAGUCAUCUUGUUUCUCAUGGACCUUUAAAAAGUUUCGAGAACAUUAACAUAGCACAAUCAAGUAAUUACCACCUAUUCCCAACAAUACCCAAAAGACUUUUAAGAACCACUUAAUACUAGAAAAGACCAUGUCAAAAUAAUCCUAGCAUGGAAAUACACUAAUGUUUAAUCUAGUGGUAAACAACAGAAACUACUAUUCAAAGCUUUUUCUUUGUGAUAGAGACUAAGUUCAUUGUAAACACUAGGUAAGUGUUGCUAUCUCUAAAUGAAAUACUAAAAAGCGGGGCAAGUGUUACAGGCUGCCAUGUGCCAGUCUGAAUCCUCCACGAGAAAUUUUAGUAGCCUGAGUUAUAACCUUCUUUCAUAAUAAACACUUUAG